CAGAUCUGUUCACACCAACUAGCAGGGCUGCCUGCGUCAAUAAAAGGCAGUAGCAGAGGCAGUGAACUGACAUUUGGUGCUUGGAGGAUUAUCGUUGCAAGUCGCUUCGUGUUAAAGUUGAGUAAAAUGCCAGGAUUUUUUUUUCCCCACAACAACAUGACUGAAUUAAAUGGAAGAGAAGACUGUAAGCUUGCAGAAGGCAAAAUCCAUAAAAAGAAGCAAAAGGCUUUUGGUUCCGAUCUCAAAAAUUAUUUGAAGUGCAUGGUACCACAUAUUGAAUCUGGGAUCAAGACUUCUAACUCCAGAAAUGUCAUGCUUUCUGCAGAGGAAGUAAUACAGUGGUCCCAGUCUUUGGAAAAACUGUUGGCCAGCCAAAGCGGUCAAGGUGUCUUUCGCGAGUUUCUGAAGUCAGAGUUCAGUGAGGAAAACAUCGAGUUCUGGUUGGCUUGUGAGGAUUACAAGAAAACCAAGUCUGAUCACUUACAUGGGAAAGCAGAGAGGAUUUAUGAGGAGUUUGUUCAGUCAGAUGCUAUUAAACAGAUCAAUAUUGACUAUCAGAUGAGGGAAGCAACAGCCAAGAGGGCUCGAGCCCCAACUCACACAAGUUUUGAUGAAGCCCAGAAAACCGUGUACAUACUCAUGGAAAGGGAUUCAUAUCCCAGAUUUUUGAAAUCCAAAGCCUACCUGAACCUUUUGAACCAGCUGCAAACCAACACUUCAAAAUGAAGUGUUUGAGGCAGUGAAGAGCCAAGUAGACUCUGACAAAUAUCCUGUUGAGAGAAACUUCAGGGUGGUUGGAUCUCGGCAAGAAGAACCCCCGCCUUGGGAGGGGGUUUGAGAGAGAUGUAAACAGCUCCACAGCCAAAGGAACACAGGAUAAAAGCUGGCAUGACUGUUACAAGGGUGAGAAGCACAGGGAGAAAAUCCUCUCCUCCCAUACACCAUGGAGUCAAGACAGGAUAUGGAUAUUAUUUAUUGUUUG